AUGACAGGAAGACGCUCUUCCGCGCGAAUUGCCGCUCAAUCGCAGACGUCUUCGUCCCCUUCACAACCCAAAUCGUCGCCCGCAGGGAAGAAGCGCAAGAAUGAAGCCACGGGGUCUUCACCCACCGCGAAGCGCGGCCGCAAAAACGCUGCGCCGGAACAGAAGACCCUAGAAGAGACAAUCCAGAAUGGCGGCCAUGAACAGCCAGAACCUGCAAAGCCAACGGACGAACAAGAACAAGUUGACAAGACUCAAGACAAGCCAGAACAGACUAGUGCUCAGCAGACCAAUGGCGAUAGUACUGAGGCCAAGGAAGAAAAGGAGCCAGAGGCCCAAGACGGCGACGAUGCCAAAAUGACGGGCACCGGUGAAGAAAAGAUCAAAGAUGAAGAAGAAGCCACCGCUCAAAAAGAGGAGACGAAAGAGGACGAGGCGGCGCAAGAAGAAGAAGAAACGAAGAAAGAAGAGAGCGCGAGCGCUAAGCCGAGCGAGACCAACGGGACUAGUACCGCCGUCAUCCCAGACGGCCGAGCAGAGGAGGAUGUGCCGUCCAGCAUCCUCGAGAAGGGCAUCAUCUACUUCUUCUUCCGCGCGCGAGUCAACGUCGACGACCCUCAAGACGUCAACGACAUCGCGCGGACGUAUAUCGUGCUGCGUCCACUUCCGCUCGACGCCAAACUCGGCGAUGGCCCCAUCGGCGACCAAGGCAACUCGCGACUCCUGGCGCUUCCGAAAAAAGUCCUCCCGCGCAGCGGUCGGGACCGGUUCCUGGCCUUCGUCGAGAAAGCCAAGACGAGCUUCAGCGAGCUCAAGGAUUCCUUCCUGCCGGGCUCCGACCACGUCACCAAGACCCAGGGAACAAGCCAUACGCCGCCGGCCACUCCGCUAGCAGAGGGCGUCUACGCAAUCACCUCGACCGGCCGCGAGUCGCAUCUGGCCUACAUCAUCACCAUCCCGGGCGAGCUGGGAGAAGUGCAGAAGGAAUUUGGUCUGCAGGAGCGCGGCAGCUUCGUCUUGAGUGUCAAGAAUCCCACCCAGCCCGGGCCCGGCAACACGAACCUGCCCAAGGGGCCGGAGUAUCCGCAGGAAAUCCUCGACGAGUUCCGCGAUCUGCGCUGGAAGCCGCUCGACCCCAAGUAUUUGGAUUAUCCUAACACCCAGGUCCUGAUCAUCGGAGGACAUUGGGACAAGGCGACCGAGCAGAGACCCAAGGAUGACCGAGAGAACAAUGCUCCGCCGGAAGAAGAGCUGGACAAGUUGGAGGGUGAGGAUGAAAUCCGAGUCAAGCAUCUCAAUGGUGACGAUGCCGUCUUUGCAGAUCUGGGAGUCGCUUCUAAGGACUUUCCCAAGGUUCCCACGACCUGGUAA